AUGGCGACGUCAAUACCCUCGCUGAAAACGAUCGGCCAUACACAGACGUAUGCGAGCCAAGCGCCACCAGCACAGGAUGCGCACAACUCGGCGGCGGUAGCUGCGACACCGAUGCUGCCCUUGACACCCGCCGAGGUGGAGGCGAUUGCACUCGAGGGCAGCGAGGACUCGCGCCACUGGUCGCACGCCAAAAAGUGGGGCACCACGCUCAUCAUCUCGCUCAUGGGCUUCAUCUCUCCGCUCGGCUCGUCGAUCCUCGUGCCGGGCAACGGCUUCGUCGACCACAGCUUCAGCCUCGGAUCGCGCACGCUCUCGGUGCUCCCCGUAUCGCUCUUCGUCAUGGGGCUGGGUGUGGGGCCGUUUAUUCUUGCGCCGUGUUCCGAGACGGUGGGAAGGCAGCCGGUGUACGUGAUGACGAGCGCGGUGUUCAUCGCGUUCAACCUCGCGUCGGCGUUCAGUCCGAGCUUUGCGGCGCUCAACAUCCUGCGCUUCUUUGCGGGUGCGGCGGGCAGUACCGGGCCGAGUCUGGGUGCUGGUAGCAUCGGAGAUAUGUUUGCACCCAAGGAACGCGGUCGUGCGCAGUCGCUUUAUGGUCUGGGGCCGUUGAUGGGACCUGUGCUCGGGUCGAUUUUGGGCUGCUUCAUUGCCGCGGGGACGAGGGAUUGGAGGUGGUUGCUGCAUACGCUGACGAUUCUGUCCGGCGUGGUGUUUGUGGUGAUCGUGCUGUUCUUGGACGAGACGUAUGCUCCCGUGCUGCUGCGCAAGAAGCGCGAACGUGCCAUCGCCCAACGGCUCCAACAGAUCCAAGACGCAACCCCCUCCUCGACGGUCGAGGCAGAGGUCAAGCAAAGCCGACUCGUCAUGGCGGCGCAGAGAUGGCUGCCGAGCAGGGCGAUCAUGCACAAACUCAAGCUGGCCCAAUCGCGGCCUUUCAGGUUGCUGUUUACCAAUCCUAUCUGUGCGAUCUUUUCGUACUACCUCGGCUUCUGCUAUGGCAUCAUCUAUCUCUUCAUCACGCAGCAUCCGUUGCUGUUCCAGACGCGCAAGGACGAGCCGGAUGCGCCGUCGCCACAGAAGCUGCCGACGUACAAUUGGACACUGGGCAUCUCGGGGCUGUCGUACCUCGGUCUGGGGCUCGGCUUUCUCGUGGCGGCGUUUACGAAUGCGCUGCUGCAGGACGAGAUCUAUGCGCGUCUGGUCGAAGCCGACGGCAGGGUUGGCUGGUUCAUCUUUUACCGUCGCUGCGCAUUCGAGCGAGCUUUGCGCGAUCGGUCCGAUCCAGCAGCGGAUGAUGUGGAACAGCCCAAGCGCCUCAGUGAUGCUGCAGCCGAAGGAGCCAAUUCCGCUUUUGGCAACGUCACACCCACCGUCAACCCGGACAAACUCCCACCCUCCAUCCCCCCCGCAGAGGUGAAGAAAGGUCGACCCGAGUACAGGUUGCCACUCUGCCUUGUAGGGAUGCUCAUCCUCCCCGUGGGAUUGACGACGUUCGGAUGGAGUGCUGCCAACCAAACGCACUGGAUCGUGCCGCUGGUGGGGUCGUUCCUCGUGGGGUGUGCGACGAUCCUAUGCUUCCAGACGAUCCUCGUGUAUCUCGUGGAUGCAUUCGUGCCGUAUUCGGCCUCGGCCACGGCAUGUGCGGUGCUGGUGCGCUCGGUGCUGGCGGCAGCAUUCCCGCUGUGUGCAGAGUACAUGUUCGAAGGCCUCGGAUAUGCGUGGUCGUGCACCCUCCUCGCCGGUAUCGGCCUCCUCGGCCUUCCAGUCCCCAUCAUCCUGUACAGGUACGGAGAACAUCUGCGUGCCAAGUACAAGUUCAAAGGCUAG